AUGGGCAAGAGGUACGGCCAAGCCCGGCGCCCCGCGGUGUGGCCCAGCGCCGGCGGGCCGCCGCGCGUCGCCCGCGGGCCCUACGCAGGUGCCGCGUGGUCGUUACCGUGUGUGAAAGCUGGUAUGGCGAAUGACGAUUUGUAUCUCGGAUUUCUCUCGGAGACCAGUGGUAUUUUCAUUAUGGUUAUCUGGGCCAUCGUACGCGCAGUGGUCUUCUUGACUACAUUAUCAUCGCGGGAGGAACUUGAGGUGGUCGGAGUCAUACUCCACCCGCAUUUGCAGACGUUUCUCAUGACGUACGCGUGUGUCGGCAUCUACUUGGCGAUUCUAGCAGGGUUCAGAGAAGUCACCAAGCUGAGCAUAUUACAUUUGGAGCGGUUCUAUGUAUUUUCGUUGUUCACUGCAUUUAUCGACGCGUACUUGGUAUUCAGGAUUGCCACGGAGGGCCGCGUGUGCACCGCAUUUGUGGACCUGCGCUGGUUGCGAAGAGGCGCUAUGUUUGUCUGCACGUUCGUGAGGUUUCAGCUCAGCUUAUGGAGCUCACUGUACAUCGGCUUCAUGUUCCUGAACACGUGGUCACUGUUCAAGUGGAUUCAAAAGAAGGUGACAGUGGGCACGAGAUCAUGCCUCUGCGGUAUGGCGAGAAGAUCCCUGCGUUUAACGAGGACUGAGUCUACGGCGCUGCGCCGGGCUGAGCCGACAGAGUCCGACACAAGACCGAACAUCGAU